AUGUCCUACUAUUUCACCAUCCUGUCGCCCAGAGAUGUCCCCCUCUUUAACAUCGCCUUUGGAACCUCUAAAGGCGGCGGUGAUGGCAUCGCGAGGUUUCGAUUCCCUGAUACAGCGCAAUACAUGAACCAGUUUAUUAUCCAUUCGAGUUUGGAUAUUCUGGAGGAAGCGCAAUGGAUGAAUGGGAAUAUGUACCUAAAGCAUAUUGAUACCUACCCCCCCGCAUCAUCCUACAUCUCAGCAUUUCUCACCCCCUCUGGCGCACGAUUCCUCCUUCUCCACCAACCGCCUACACUCCCCUCCACUAACACCACCGGGUCAUCAUCGUCAGGGACGGCAGGGAGUUCAUUGCUUGCGUCUUCAUUCUCUUCCUCUGCGCUGGCGGGAUCCUCGUCUCGGGCCUCGUCUAGCUCCAUCGCUGCGAAUCCGACAGCGCCGCAGACGGAGGAGGCCGUGCGGCAGUUCAUGAAUGAGGUAUUUGAGAAUUAUGUCAAGACGGUGAUGAGUCCGUUUUAUCGACAGGGGAUGGUUAUUAAAAGUCCGGUUUUUAGGAAUAAGGUUGCGGCUGCUGGGAGAAAGUGGUUAUAA